UACAUUGAUCACGCACAGUUGAAGAAUAGGUGAUGGAGAUUGUUUCUUUGAUUUAUUUAUGUUAAUGAGUGUUAUUGGACUUUAUCGAUAAUUCUACAUUAAUAGUAUGGUUCAAAUUGUUACUAAUGAAUGGUUUUUACUUUCUUGAAGUAUGCUGAUUUUCUCCAACAGUGUUUUAUGUGAUACGAUGAUGGCUAGAGCAGAAAAUAACCUCGAAAACUCGAAGCCGACUGAUUCAAUGAACAACAAACAAUAAUGUGAUCAGGAAGAUUUUGCUUGUCAAUGCGUUGUUAAUAACUGAUUAUUUCAUUUAUAAAUAAAAGCUCAACAGAAGUGAAGAUGACGUCCAUCUGAGUGCCAGUGUGAUCCGCUAUGGACCCCUAUAGGCUGCGCCGAAUAGGUGACGUCACGAUAGAACGGGUGCCGACCAAAGCAGGCGAUCAGCAAUCAGCUGACGGCGAUCAGCUGACUUCAGCUGGAGGCUCGGACCAACCGCCGCCGAUUUCAGCUGACGAUGACAACCACGAUAGCGCUCCCGCUCCCAAGCUGCAUCAACCCUACAAGAUGAAGGGGAAACCUCACCGGAGUGACAACAGUGAGGAUGAAGAGGAAGAGGAGGAGGAGGAGGAAUUUUCGGAUGAGUUUGAAAGUGAAGAGGAGGACAAAGUGAAAAGUGGGAACCAGUAUAAGGAUUGGAGACUGGGUAGUGCGGUUAGUAUUGAUACUGUACCUAAGUCGGGUUCAGGGUUUAAAUCUAAACCCUCGAAACCCUCCAGGUCUAAGGUCGUGCCACGUCCCAUAGUUUCCCAACCUGAGGCUUUCCAACCAGAAGUUCCAGACAAAAGUGUGUACAAUUUAGGAUCCGCCAUCAGUUUGGAAACUAUCAACUCUCGUAGCAAUGAUGAUAGCAACAGUAGACGGGAGUUUAAACCUUAUCGAGAGGAUUUUGUGAGUGGUAAUCCAGGGUUUGAUAACAAGGGUUUGGAACCCACGUCUUCCUACCACAGUCAACCCGAACGUAAGAGUGAAGAUAACUACCAGGUUCCAGAUAGGUCGUCGAAUUUUAGAGAGAAUCAGGAUAGGUCGUCGACGAGUUUCAGAGAGAAUCCUACCUCGAGAGACGGUUCAAAACAACCUAGUGAUGUACCCUACCAUGUAACGGGUUCCUCAGAGUUCAACAGCUACAAGCAGGGUGACCAGAGCGCACCUCAGUACCAUCGUGAGAAUGUUAGAUUACAUCAGGAUAACGAAUCACUAGCACAAUCCCGGGACGGCAUGUCGGAACAACGUAAACUAUCACCACAAGAUGUAACCGAUUUCAAAAGUUUUAAACUGGGUAGUAGUGUCCGGUUAGAACCGGUUGGAGGGGGUAGUUUUGAUCAAUCCCGGAAUUUCUCGGGGAGCUACGGCAGUGGACUACAACAAACCUCGCCGUCAGCCAUGGGGCAGUACAGUCUGAGUAGUAAUAACAGUAGUGAGGCGAAAAUGUUGACGGAUUUAGAUGCGGCCAGUGAUCUGGGGGCGGAACUUCAAGAAUUUCUACGAGAUGAGGAGUUUAAGCUGGGUUCGUCGGUCAGUUUGAAUCCGGUCAAAAGUAACGACGGUUUGGACAGUUACAAAUCGGGGUUUCCGGUGAAAAGUAACGACGGUUUAGACAGUUACAAGUCGGGGUUUCCGGUGAAAAGUAAUGAUGGUUUGGAUAGUUACAAAUCGGGGUAUCCGGUUAAAAGUAACGAGAGUUUAGACAGUUUUAAAUCGGGGUUCAGGUUGGGUAGUGGUGUGAGUUUGGACAUUGUUAAGCCAAAACAGGAGGUGGAUGAGUACAAGAUGGAGGAGGGUGAGGAAGAGUAUGAGGAGGAGGAGGAGGAUGAGACGAUAGCGGCACGGAUUGCUAAUAGUAUAGCGGGUGACCGCCAGAGGGAGACUCCAGCGCCUGUUGAGGAGGAGGAGGUGAAGAGGAAGAGGGGAGAUGAGGAGGUGACAUCGGAUGAGGAGGAGGAGGAGGAAGAAUCAUAUGGACAGUUUGGCAAGGAACAAGCCAGCAAUGUCAAUGCUCAAGAGCCUAUGCAACAGGAACCAUCCGGCGAAGCAGAAGGAGAAGAAGCGGAAGAAAGAGGAGACGAAAGAAGAGAAGAAGAGGAGGAGGAAGAAGACAAGGUAGCCGACGAAAACGCAGGUGAAGAAGAGGAGGAAGAAGAAGAGGAUGCGCUGAAUCUGCUCGGAAAGAUAAAGAUGGAAGUGGACAGUGAUUCGGAAAUGGUGAAGAUCAAAGAGGAACCCGAAGAGGAGGAAGAAGGAGGAGGCGAAGAUGAAGAAGAAGGAGAAGAGAAGAAAUCGGGGAAGAGGAAGUCGGCGGAUUCCGACGAGGAGGGAGAUGAUGCUGACAAGGAUAACGAGAACAAAAAGAAGAAGAAGACUGAUGGGUCAGGCUCAGAUUCGGACUCGGACAAGAAGGAACGUGGCCCGGACGGGAAGAAGAACGCCAACUUCCGACGCAACAUCCGCGAGGUGAUGGAUGAGAGUCAGCUGGACCAGGCCACGCUCAACGCACAGCGCCAGGAGAUGGAGCGCUUGAGGCGUGUGCAAGAACAGCAUCGCAUCAUCAGAGAGGUGCAAAAGCAGAUCCAGAUGAACAAGCAGAACUCGAAAACGGAGACCCGAGUGAUAUCACUGCUGCAGGGCAACACCAGCCUAGUGAAGGCUUCCCCCACUCCUGCCGCCUCCGCCGCCUCAUCCUCCUCCCAGAACACGGUCGUUGUGAAGCUGUCGUCUGGGUCCGGGGCGCCUCAGAUUGUCAACAAAAAGGUGCUAGAAAUGCUGCGCAGUCAGAAACCAGAGCCGGCCUCGAAAACAGCGGCGACCUCUUCCAAGGUCACCAGUCAGCUGACUCGUUCACUGCUCAACAAGCCUCACAUGAUGACGCCGUCUGUUUCCAUUGCACCUGUGAAGCCACCGGCCUCCGCCACCCCCGACUCUCCUCCGACCGCCGCUGGGGGGGCUGCUAAGGUUGCUGCCCCCGGGGGUGGCAACGAUAUGGCCGCCAUCCGCAAAGUCACCGGCAAAGCAAAAGGCAAAGACGUGGUAACAAUCUCCUCGUCAUCGUCGAGCGACGAGGACGACUGCAUCCUGAUCUCGGAGGAGGAGGACGGUGAUGAGGAGGGCCCUGAGGAGGAGGAGGAUCCGACCAACUCGGGCAUGCACACUAACGACACCUACAACGUGCCCGACGACCAGGGAAGGGUGCUCAUCAACGUCGGACAUCCGGACGACGAACCCGACGUGUUCCUUGCGCCGCAGAUUGCGCGUAUCAUCAAACCACAUCAGAUUGGAGGUGUGAGGUUCCUGUUUGACAAUUUGGUCGAAUCGCUGGAGAGAUUCAAGACUUCGAGUGGAUUCGGUUGUAUACUGGCUCAUUCCAUGGGAUUGGGAAAAACACUACAGGUGGUGUCGUUCUGUGACGUAUUUCUGCGACACACGGAGGCCAGGACUGUGUUGUGCAUUAUGCCCAUCAACACACUGCAAAACUGGCUGGCAGAGUUCAACAUGUGGCUGCCCACCGAUCCAUCCAAUUCGCCCCUCUCGGCUCACGGCGAGGUGCGGCCCCGAAACUUCCCCAUCUAUGUCCUCAAUGACCUGCAGAAGACUAUCACUGCGCGUGCCAAGGUUGUGGCGGAAUGGAGCAAGGAGGGUGGCGUGCUGCUGAUUGGCUACGAGCUGUACCGGCAGCUGAGCUUGAAGCGACCACGCAAGGUGCGUCGCGGCAGGAAGAAGGUCGACCCGGAUGAGGAACUGGACGACAAGAACAAGCCACUGCUAGAGGAGAUGCACACCGCACUCGUCAAGCCGGGACCUGAUCUCAUCAUCUGUGACGAAGGUCACCGCAUCAAAAACAGCCACGCAUCAAUCUCACAGGCAUUGAAACAGAUCCGAAGCAAACGGAGGGUGGUUUUGACUGGAUAUCCACUACAGAACAACUUGCUAGAGUAUUGGUGUAUGGUGGACUUUGUACGACCCAACUAUCUAGGAACGAAGACUGAGUUCAGUAACAUGUUUGAACGUCCCAUACAGAACGGACAGUGUAUCGACAGUACACCACAAGAUAUACGGCUGAUGAGAUACAGGGCUCAUGUGUUACACUCGCUAUUGGAGGGGUUUGUACAAAGACGUAGUCAUUCAGUGUUGACGAAUACGUUGCCACAGAAGGAGGAGUACGUUUUGUUGAUACGUAUGACCCCGUUCCAGCGGAAGUUGUACGAUACGUUUAUGAAUGAAGUUGUACGUACUAAAGCGGUGCCGAAUCCGUUGAAAGCGUUUGCAGUGUGUUGUAAGAUCUGGAACCAUCCGGAUGUGUUGUAUCAUUUCCUGAAGAAACGUGCCAACACGGGGGAAGCGGUUGAUUUGGAUCUGGAGGAGACAGCGCCCCCGUUGAUACCUCCUAGCAUGCCUGGUGGAAUGCUACCUCCCCUACCAGGCUCGGGCAUUCUGCUACCAGGCGCCCAGCCUAUCAUGCCGCCUGGUGCCGCCCUGAAGCCGGCGCCCGCCAAGCGGGGACGCGGUCGCAGUCCGAAGAAUCCCAACGCGCCCAAGCGCGAGCGGAAGAAGCCGGCUAGUAAGACUCCCGCCGUUGCCGCUGUUAUGCCUAACGCAGCUGUUGCCAGUACAGAUAAUCCUGACAACAAAAACCAAGGCCUACCAAUGAACAAUCAAGGCAACAGUGGGCCAAUGAACCAUCCACCGGGAGACGUCUCCGGUGCCAAUCCGCCCUACAAUCAGUCCUACAACAAUCCCAAUCAGUUCAAUCAGUACCAGAACCAAUCACAGCCGUCCUACCCGAAUAUGGGCGGGGACCAGCCCAACAACUACAAUCAGGGCAACUAUGGGUCACAGCCCCCUCCCAACGAAUUCCAGAACCAGUUCCAACCAAACUACUCCAACCAAAACAACAGUUUCAACAGUUCUGACAAUUUCUACCAGGGAUAUGGGAACUACUACCCUCAGAACCCACAGGAUGGGAACAGUUCUAACUAUAAUACUCUGGGUAUUGGGGGAACAAUUCGUACUACAACAACCCCAGUGACAACCCGAGUAAUUUCUUUGAGGGUGGACAGUUUAAUGAGACUGGGACAAGUGGACAACAGCAGUGGAAUCAGGAUAAUUUCAAUCAGCAGUCCUCGAACAGUAGUUAUAAUCAGGGGUUUGGGAGUAGUAGCGGGGGUCAAGGUUUUACAGGAAGUAAUCAGAGCCAAUGCUACGGCAACAAGUGGUGCACUGAGCCAAGAUCAGUCAUCGAACUCGUACAGUGAUUUGCAGAAGAUGGAGCAGAUGGGUCAGCAGAGGACGCAGGGCAACAGUAUGCAGCAGGGGGGGUUGUAUGGCAGUGUACAGAAUGAUGGAGGUCAAGGUCAUGCUCCACAAGGUGCACAGUCCAACUCAAACUUCAUGGGUGGUAGUCAGAUGCCUCCACCGGGAUCAAACCAUCCCAUGCAGGGAUCUCAACAUCAGAACACCACCACUAAUCAGUCAUUGAUGCAGUUGGGGAACCCCAUGAUGUCUGGAGGUCAUCCACCGCCAGGAAUGCAUGGUUUGGGGAAUCAUAUGUCCAGUAUGAUGGGUGGUGGCCAGUCUGAUGGAAGCUCAACCCACAUGUUGCAGCCGUUGGGGAGUGGAAACAGUUUUGGGUCGAUGGGUAACGAUCAAAGUGGAGGAAUGGGUGGUUUGCAUCAUAUGUCUGGGAAUGACCCUCAAGGAAACAUGAUGGGAGGUAUACACAAUCAAGGGCUGAUGAACAACCAACCCAACCAGAAUAUUUUGGAAGGUGGUAACAAUGAUUUGAUUCCUCCCCCGAAUUUGCAGCAGAAUAACCGACAACAUCCAAUGAUGGCGGGGAGACCGGGUCCUGGGGGUGGCCUACCAGGGGGUGGGCAGAACAAGAUACCGCCUCCACAACCGAUCAACCAGUCUGGUAACAUGUCACACCAACAACAACCACCCCCUUAUGAUAACCAGAGCUACAUGGGCAACAUGCAUAUGCCAAACCAAGGCAUUCCUGGUACCUUGGGCAACCCCUCAAUGUCCAGUAACCAAGGCAUGAUGAUGCACGGUAUAAAUCACCCAGGGCUAUCAAACCAAAUGGAUCCCAACUUCCACAAACCUCACGAUGAGGGAGGGAUGUAUCGCUCGCCCUACCCCAUGUCUUCCUAUCAUCCACCCUCCCAGCCUGACCCCCACCAGAUGGGACCAAUGUCCGGUUACAGACCUCAAAGCACUCACCAACAAAGUCAACACGACAAACUGAUUGACGAUCUGUUCAACAAUCCUUCCAGUGAUUUGGGUGCGGGAGGUCAGGAUACCUCCAACCAAGACAGGGGAGGUAUUUUGGGUAUGAGUCCCAUCAAAAACACUGGGAACAACAUGUCUGGAGGGAUGGUCAACAUUCAACCGAAACCUGUCAACCAAUCUCAACAGUAUCAACCGUUCAACCCACCCUACAACGACCCACCGCAGCAUGGGUAUGACUCCAGUCAGAAUCCGUCUGGGUUCAAUCAGUCGGAUUUGAUGGGCAAUUAUCAGAAUGCGUCUUCCAGUGGAAGUUCAGGACAGAAUUAUCAAUCUUCCACGGCUGUGGGAGGAAGUUCAGGACAGAAUUAUCAAUCUUCCACGUCUGUGGGAGGAAGUUCAGGACAAAACUAUCAGUCUUCUACAGGGAGUUCUGGUUCAAGUUAUCAAUCUUCUACGGGAGGAUCAGGACCAAAUUAUCAAUCAUCUACAUCUGUGGGAGGAAGCUCUGGUCAAAGCUAUCAAUCUUCUUCUACGUCUGUUGGAGGGAGUUCUAGCCAAAAUUAUCAAUCCUCUACAUCUGUUGGUGGAAGUUCUGGUCAAAGUUAUCAAUCUUCUACGGCAGGAUCAGGACAAAAUUAUCAAUCUCCUUCCACAUCUGUGGGUGGAAGUUCUGGUUCAAGCUACCAAUCUUCUACAUCUGGAAGUUCUGGACAAACCUACCCUAUGAGUGGAACAAACAAUGAACGGGCAAACCAUUACCACGACCAGCAACAACCAUCAAUGAUGAACAACUACCAGAACCUUCCACAACAAUUUGACAACAGUGGAAGCGGAGCAAACUUUGGUGGUGCUCAGUCUCAGAGUUACGAUGGUUCCCUGCAGAAUACUGCCGGGAAUUACGGGCAGCAAUCCAGCUAUAUGUCGAGUAUGUUUGGUGGGGAGACGGCGAAUUCAGGGACUGGUUUGAAUGAAGGGUUUGGUGCGAGUGUGAAGGAAGAUAAAGGGUUUGAAGAUGGUGACAAAGAUGAGAAGAAGGGUUUCGAGAAGAAGACCUGGAGUGGGGAUGGUGUUACUAAGAAGGAGGUGGAGGAGGAGAAGUGUGAGACAAAGACGGAGAAGGUGGUGGAUGGGGAGGAAGAGGACGAUGAGGAGAAGGAGAUGAAGUCGUGCGGAAAUCAGACCGAGGAGAAGGCGGGGGAGGGGAAGACAGAGACGACCAUGGUGAAGGACACUUCGUUUUCGUUUGGGGAGAUGAAGGAGGUGGGGGGAACUAAGGAUGCGGCAACUGGUGAGGAUGACAAGCAGGAGGGCAAGGGUGAGGGGGCUACCAACCCCCCCACGCCGCUGGUGAAGAGUGGAAAAGAGGAUCCUGGAAUCCCCUACGAUUGGGCCGAACGUCUUCUGAAAGGCUACAUGCCCGGUGACAUAGAGGCAUCGGCCAAGAUGGCCAUCCUGUUCUGCAUCCUGGAGGAGUCGAUCAACCUGGGCGACCGCAUCCUCGUCUUCUCACAGUCCCUCUUCACGCUCAACCUCAUCGAGGACUUUCUGCAGAAGACCAACCUGCCCAAUCGCGCCGAACGAUGGGCCAGGAACUGGAAUUACUAUCGUCUGGACGGUAGCACGAGUGCCCUGGAGCGAGAGAAGCUGAUCAACGAGUUCAACUCGAAUCCGAACAUCCACCUUUUCCUGGUGUCGACGCGGGCUGGCUCGCUGGGCAUCAAUCUGGUCGGCGCCAAUCGAGUCAUUGUGUUCGACGCCUCCUGGAAUCCUUGUCAUGACACGCAGGCUGUCUGCCGGGUCUACAGGUACGGCCAGAAGAAACCCUGCUUCGUGUACCGUCUGGUGAUGGACCACUGUCUAGAGAAGAAGAUCUACGACCGUCAGAUCAACAAGCAGGGCAUGUCCGAUCGGGUGGUCGACGAGUGCAACCCGGACGCCCAUCUCAGCAUCAAGGAGGUCACCAACCUGUGCUGGGACUCGGAGGAGACCGAACAGGCCCCCAUGCCUGAUGUCGCAACGCUCAAAGACAAGUACAUCGACGUGGUAAUGCAACGGGUGCUGGACCGGCAUGGACAGACGCUGUCUAAGGAACCGUUCCAACACGAGUCACUGCUGGUUGACAGGAAAGACAAGAAGCUGUCGCAGGCCGAGAAACGACUGGCCAAACGAAGCUAUGAACUGGAAAAGCAAGCCAGUAUCAAUAGUCGGCCUGUCUACGGCUAUUCAGGUGCUGGUAACCAACAGGGAUUACAGAUUAGAGCGAUCCGUGGCGAGGGUGGCGGGGUGGUGAACAAGCCGAUGGCCAGUGUGCGACCCAUGCAGUCCGAGUCAGCUCCCAGGUGGUGCGGAGCGGGGGGGGCUGGUGGUGACCGGCCCAGGUCCUGGAUUCCGGCCGAGGUCUGGCAGAAGCAGGGCAUGAGUGCGCAGGAGAUGACGCUGCCGCUUGACGUGGUUAUCCCGACCAAUUCGCCCGACCGUUCUUCAAUAGUGCUGAAGGCAGGGCAGAAGGUGAUGGUGUUGAAGAGCCCCAAGGGCAUCUACAUGCAGCUGGAGAACGGAAAGAUAAUUGCCAUCAGGACAGCCAUCAAGGUCGGCAACAAGGGAGACAAGAAGACUGACAAGCGAGAGUUCACCUUCGAGGGAAAGAAAGAAGUUGCGGUACAACCGAAUCGCUCCCGCGUCCAAAAUCUCCCGAUUAUGCGCAACAACAUUUCGAUAAUUCCGCGCGGCAGCGGGGGCUCUACGGGCAUCACCAGCCGGGCUGGCGGGGCCGGAGGGGCAGGGGGCGCAAAUCGGCCCCUGGCACGCAUGCUCGGUCAGAACAGCAACCGGCCCUGGGGCACGCCCAAGCAACCCAUAGCCACCACCAAACCUUAUUUCGGCGAGACACCUCCUGUUACUGUGACAGUAACAAAGAAAAAAGUAGACGCUCCUGCUUCCAGUACAGUGAGAGGUCAAGCUAAAGUUGAACGAAAUCCGUCAACUGACGAAUCGAAGGACAAGGACAAGGGGUCUGAUGACAACACUGAUGACAAGGACAAGCAGCCUCAGCGAAGUGCCUCGGCCAGCUCAGGUGCCUCAGAGGCGAGCCAGCGCCAGGACUCUGCCUCAGUGGAGAACUCCGCUAAGCGCAAAGUGUCCAGUGAACAGGAGCGGCUGAGGAGCACUGAGGAGGAACUGCUGCAUGAUGUAGAUGAUGAUGACUAUGAUGAUGAGGACGAUGAUGACGAUGACGAUGAGGAUGAUGAGGAGGAGUUGGACAAUCAUCAUAUGCAGCAGCAGCGGCAGGCGUCGCACAGAAUGCGUUCAAUGGCAGCGAGUCGACAGAUGAGUCAGCAGCGGAUGUCUGCUGCAAGCCAACAGGCAGCAGCUAAGAAGAGUAGUUUCACUUCAGGUGCUGGAAACCGUUCUGGGAGCCCUUCUGUUGCAACAUCCACUGCAUCCAGUAGUGCUGCAGGUAACAAAAUGGCGCCCAAUGCUGGACAACAGUCAACAUCUAGUAUGGGUGGUUCACAUUCCACAACAACAAACGUUGCCUCUCAAGGUGCAGCAACAUCAUCAAGCAAUGCUACCACAACAAGUAGUGUCACUUCCCAUUCCUCUACAUCAAGUGCAGCAAGUUCCCCUCACACCACAACAUCCUCAAGUAGUGUGGGAGCUUCCCAUGCCACAACCACAAGCAUGGGACUUGCGGCUACAUCAGGCAUGAGUCAUUCCACCACAUCAAACAUGGGUAGUUCCACCACAUCAAACAUGGGUAGUUCCACCACAUCAAACAUGGGUCAUUCCAGCUCAUCAAACAUGGGUAGUUCUACUACAUCGAACGUGGGUAGUUCCAUGACAUCCAACAUGGGUAGUUCCAUGACAUCAACCAUGGGUAGUUCGACUACAUCAAACAUGGGUCAUUCCACCUCAUCAAUUAUGGGCUCCCAUGCUACAACAACAAGCACAAGUUCUCAUGCCUCAAGUAUGGCGGGUUCUAUUGGAACCACAUCAAGUAGUAUGGGUUCUGCUCCAUCAGCUGCUCUUGGGACAGCUCCAGCCGAAAAAGAGAGUCGUCAUCCUCAGAUGGUACCACACCAACAACAGAUGUCAAACCCUCUAUCUUUGAGGAGUGAUCAACAACAGCAUCCAGUCUCAAAUCCUUCAGCUUUGAGGAGUGAUGACUACAUGCACAGUCGCUACAGUAGUCCAGGUGCAUCUCCUGUGAUGUCCAGAAGUGGGCAAUCGGAGGUGGGGAGUCACCCAUCGAUGUCCAGAAGUGGGCAAUUGGAGUUGGGGAGUCACCCAUCAAUGUCCAGAAGUGGGCAAUCGGAGGUGGGGAGUCACCCACCGAUGUCCAGAAGUGGGCAAUCGGAGGUGGGGAGUCACCCAUCGAUGUCCAGAAGUGGGCAAUCGGAGGUGGGGAGUCACCCAUCGAUGUCCAGAAGUGGGCAAUCAGAGGCGGGAAGUCACCCACCUUUGCCCAAACAUCUGGGCAGCUCAGUGACAGUCAGCCCGGUUGCUUCCUCUGCUCCAUCCCCGUCAGUUCCUAUCAACUCGCCCAACACAUCUCGGCCUUCGUCAGCCGUGUCUAUCAACCCUCCUCCAGUUGGGUUCAAUCCAGCAGUGUCAAUGACCCCGGUCGCUGCAAACCCUCCGCCCACAUACCACCAUACCCCAGGGUUAACCUCGACUGGUCGUAGGUAUACCUCUACGGAGUACACAGCUGAUGCACUGUCCAAGAGCUCAGAACCUACCAGCAGCUACCAUCCAGCGUUAAGUCAUCUGAAGACAAUAUCCGACCAUUCCAUCAGCAUAUUCCCGGUGGACAACUCCAAGCCCAGCAGUACGAUCACCUCGGCACAGUAUGGGAGUGCCCCGGACUACAACUACCGUCAAGACUUCAGGCAGACGCCGGCACCCCGGGACUACUACCAAGGGUUCACCGGUUACCCUAGCAGCAGCGCAACCGGCUACUACCCUUCAAGCACGGUCACCUCGGCUACAGUUCAACGGAAAGAUGUGAAGGAUACACCCUACGCUGGCAGCUACGACCAAACAUAUCUGCCUCCGAACCCCUUCACGGCCGCUGCUGUCGGCUCGGGCUACAGUAGAUCGUCCACCUACCAUCCUCAGACAACUCCCCCGCCUAGUCAGCAACCGUCCACAACCUCCAGUGGUGCAACGUCGGACUUCUCCAGGAUGUACAGCGCGUUUCAUCGGCCUGAACCGACCAGCUUCCAGCCACCUUCCAGGGGGGGUGUUCCCGCGGUGGCUCCUCCCACCCACCAGUUCCCCCCCGCCAGCCCCUACAACCCCUACAAUCCCUAUCUGAUGAACCCCCACCCCUAUCCGCAUCUGCCGCCGCAACCCCCACCACAAUAACCCUUAACUAUGCUCCUGCCACCGGCCACCCCUGCUGCUCUGUACCCGCCGCCGGUGUAUCCACCCCAGUGGAUGGGCUGGUUUUGAACUCACUAACCAGAAAAAUAUAGAUAGCCCUGUGAAAUAGAUUUGCCGCUGAGGUUAACAAAGUCAUCAACUUAUAAACAUUGUGGUGAAAUGUAUAUAUUAUGGUCGUUAUUGUGUAGAUUACGAUACUGAUGUUAAUCGAUAUGAUAAGCUAAAUAUUGUAGCCCUGUCGCUAUAGAUGAUUGAAGUCAUCAACUUAUCAACAUAGUGAUUGUACAAUAUCAGGUUAACAGUGGCUAGAAAUGGUUGAGGUUGACAAAGUCGUCAACGUAUCAACGUUUGUCAACUUCUUUGUCAGCUACUU